UCCCAAAAAAAUAAAAAGGAAAAAGAAAAAGAAAAAGAGAAAGCAGGGGAAGGGCAAAACCCUACAAACUCAGUCUCAGUUUCAAUUGCUGCAACCUCAAAUUUUGAAGAUGUCUCAUAACCCAUCUCAACUCUUGCCUUCAGAGCUGAUUGAUCGGUGCAUUGGGUCGAAGAUAUGGGUGAUAAUGAAGGGAGACAAGGAGCUCGUUGGAACCCUGAAGGGAUUCGACGUCUACGUCAACAUGGUUCUCGAGGACGUCACUGAAUAUGAAAUUACGUCUGAAGGGCGCAGGAUCACGAAGUUAGACCAGAUAUUACUGAAUGGAAACAACAUUGCCAUUUUGGUCCCUGGUGGUUCUCCUGAUCCAGAAUGAGUGAGCGGCGAUUUCCUUGUGCACAUGCAUAUUUCAAGCAGCCUAGAGACCGACAUAGUGUGUUAUUUGCUAACUUUUUUAUUUUCUAAGUGGGCUUGCGGGGGUAUAUGGAAGUAACGUCCAUAUGGAGGGAAGAACAACACAGCUCAAAGCAAAUAUUGAAUCGGCAUUGUAUCUUCAAAUUUUUUUCCUUGGAAAUCCGUUCAAACUUAAUAUUUUAUAUUUACAUAUAUUUUUGUCGAUGACUGAGAAUAUCUGUUGUUAUUUGUUAGUGAAAAGGAGUUGUUUCUCCCGUGUUAUUUCC